AAAUGUCAAGGUGCAAAUAAUAGUAUCGAGAAGUUAAGUACGCGUCAAAACGUAUCGCAGUGUACCGAUUUUCUGUCAUUCUUACGGCAAUAUGACGCUGAAGUAUCUCAUUACAGGCGCAACCGGAGGCCUUGGGAAGCACGUCCUUGGCCAUUUCAUCGAAAACGUACCCUUAUCUGAAUUCGCUGCUGCAUCAUCUAAAUCUUCGAAUAAGGCUAUAUUUGAGGACCGUGGAAUCGCCUUCCGUCACGUUGAUUACGAUGACACUGAAUCACUUGAUACGAGACUACGCGAUGUUGAGAACCUUCUGUUUCUCAGUUCCAGCAGCAAAGAGCGAAUCGGCCAGCAUAUCAACUUAAUCAAUGCCGCUAAGAAAGCAGGCGUGAAGCAUGUUUGGUAUACAUCCCUCGCCUUUGGUGGCUUUGAAAACAACUCGAGGUCCCCCAUUCAAGCAGAGCAUGUGCUCACUGAGAAGCUUCUCAAAGAUGCCCUGCAAACCAAUCCUAACACCGAGCUUGGUGAGGCCACCGCCCGAAUCAUGGUCCGUGGUGGGUACGAAAACCAGAUUGUGCUGUUUACAUCGGAGGAGACCAUCACAGCGCAGGAAACGGUGCAUGUCAUCAAUGAGACCACCAAUCGACAGAUCAAGUUUCAAUCCGUCUCCCGGGAGGAGUAUAUUCGUGCAAGCCUUGUGCGGGAUGCGAGUGGCAAGUCCCAGCAGCAUUUCGAGAUCAUUGCUGGCAUAUGGGAUGAUAUCAACGACGGAGCGUUGUGUACAACCCAUCCGUUGAUGCACGAGAUUCUGGGGAGAGAGCCCACUAAACCUCAAGAUGCGCUGAAGCAGUUAUUAACGGAGAAUAGAGACUUUAGGUACCCUUAAGAUCAGAUGUAAUAUUAGGAUUGACUUCGCUCAGUCGUUGCUGAGCCUGAACAUUAGAGGCAAGUGUUCUGAAGUUGUCUUGUAGAAAGAUACCAAGGUUGAAGAGCUCAUGAGAGCAAUCCCUUAUUAAGUACGUGCAAGCAACCCUCCGUUAAGAUUGAAAAAAAGGGGAAAUCCCAAUACUGUGGGAGACGCUGGCAUAUGAUAUGAGGAAGGUUGAGCCAGCCAGACUAUCAAUUCCUAUUAGAAGCUUAGGGGUU